CUGCUAACGUCGCUAGCCAUAGCAAAUAAAAUGAAUGAAAUGGAAAUGAAAAAUAUUUUCAACCCUUCACGUCAUCGUGGAUGCAAAGCACCUCGCCACGAUCGUCGUCCUGGCUAGGUAGGAUGGGAGGUGAAUGGGCACGAAGACAAAGGCGGGCCACUCGAGGACGCAGGAACGCGGAAGCGGGCGCAGCCGCGGGUAAGUUGAGCGCGAUGAGCGCCGACGCCGGCGAGGGCGACGCCGUGGACGCCGUGGCGACGCGGGGAUGUCAGUAGAGAUGCCGCGUCCGCGAGCAACGCGUAUCGACGACGGUGUCAGUUAGCCCGACAGAGUAGCAUCGGGGUGGUUCCAGGCGAAAGUACGGCGAGGGGCGCGUCAGGACGCGGCUGACGCUCACGCGACCGACCGAGCGUCCUGCGACUUCCGCUUCGACCGAUUCGAACCCAUUUUCACCGAGUUCUUCUUCUAUUCCAUCCAAUUUGUCCAUCGAAUCGUUCGAUUGUCGUAAACACGACACGUUUAACGAGUCAUUCUCGUUCGAUUGUUUCGAAGAAUUUUGUUCAUCGAGAAGAAAAAUUAAGGAUCAAGAAGAAACGAGUGAGAUGAGAGACCAGAAUGCCAGGAACGAUGUGGAGGAAGAAUUCAGAGAUAAAAGGAGAGAAACGUACGAUAAGUAGACGCCGUUCGGCGACGAUCACCCUACGCGUCCCUUCUUUCUAUCCCCCGAACGCGAUCGAUUUUAUUCCUCGCCUUGGGAUGAACGAUUCUUCGUGCACGAGCGACUGAUGGCUAACCUUUGAGCGCGGCUAACAGCAAGGUAAACAUCGUUACUGCGGGCGACGAUUUUUUAAACGCUUCAAAAGUGCCACUCUUCUUGUUGUUCCUAGUUUCUGAUUAAACAGACUCGGUUAAGGGCGAUGAAAAAUGGUUUUAGCCUCGUUUCGCUGAUCGAGAUGGCUGAUCGUGAUCGAUCGGUUGAUCCGUUGAUUAUUUGGUACGUCGACUGCUUGGGGGAGUAAUCGGGUGUACGUAUAGCCAGAAACUGCUAUAACUCGCAAAGUUAAAAGGCGGGAACGACGAUGCUGGAAAGCAGCCGCGAGCGUAGAAAACAUCGGCGAAUCGAGGAACGUGUGUCGCGGUUUAUUGUAAUUAGGAGGAUGCCGUGGCUUUCUGCCGGGAAUUCGGUGAAGUAGCGAGCAGUUUUUGAAUUUUUGAUUCGCGUACUCGUUCGAGACGGAAGAUUCUCUCGGAGAAUGGCAGUUUCUGUUCCCUUCGGAAAUGUAUAUUUUCCGAGUCGUAUUCUUCUGGAAAUACGAACGAAAGAAAAAUUCUGUUUUUGAUCGUUACGAUCUAGAAUCGAUCAUCGAAUCACGUUUCCCCGUCGAAGCAAACAAUUAAAUUCUUGCAGCGCAAAGACCAGCAUCGGGAAAAUAAGGAAGAUCGAGGAGCACUCGUGAAAUGGGAAUAUUCCAACUUUGAUCGAAGAACACGUUCGAAAGUAUCCUGGCUCGAUUGUCUCAACGAUGAAUCGAGAAAACGAGGAAAAAAGAAAAAGAAAAAUGAAAAAUUGACGAGAUAUUUAUACGAAAUUAAUGGAUAAUAUCUAAUUCACGUUCGGAAGGUUUUAGAAAUAAUUGUCUGAAUGAUAAUGUCUCUGUAGCAGCGACCAGUCUCGCAAACGCUUUGCGGAGUUUUGCAAAAAGAACCAAGUUGCAAAUGUUUGGUUCUGUCCGUGUUAAUAUACGGAUGCCUUGCCGCAGUGACGUGGUGUAGAUGCGCGAAUGUCACCAAGGUGAUAAUCAAUUUCUCGAGGUACCCAAUUAAAAGCACGAGACACGUGUCUCCCUGUGACGAUAGCUACAUAUACAUUCUCGUGGCAUUCAUGGGGAUGCUGUAUUUAGUCUAUUUGGUGGAAUGUUACCAUUCACCGAUCAGGAUCGAUCUGUUACACGCGGAGAGCCAGGAUAGCGUGCUAUUGAAGAUCUUGCAACUAAAGUCGGCACAACCGACCAUCUGGUGGAAAGCUGUCUCGUACCAUUACGUGCGACGUAAACGUCAAAUUACCCGGUACAGAAACGGAGACAAUUACACGACGACGCAGGUCUACUACGAAAGGGUAAACACCCACGCCGCCACAUCUUUCUAUUAUUACGACUACUGUGGCGUAAAGGACAUCAGCAAAGAGUUGAUCCUGAAUCCAAAAGUGCCGAUCACGAAGAUCAAUCUCAGCAAAGGAUUCGCCUUUUCGAACAUGAGAUCGGCGACAGAGUUUGAAGAGGCUAGGUCGAGAUUCUUCGCGGAACAAGAACUGAGAGACGAUUACAUGGAGAUGAAAGAAGGUCUAGAUCUCGGAUAUAAUUCAAACCCCACGACGCUGGUGGCUGUUCUUGGCAACCCUUGGUUCACCAAUCGCUACGUCUACUGGUGCUUGAGCGCUCUAUUGCUCAGCUGGCCUUUGAGAGUGAUCAUAGAGUACAAAUCGCAGUAUGCUGACUAUCAGAUCACCAAACUCUUCGGAAUCAACUACGACACACCAAGCGGAAGCGAGCCAAUACACGCAUCCAUGAGCCAGCAAACUAUCAACCAGCCCGGCUCGUACAUGCUGGCACCGAGUUACAGCGAAGCGCUUCUCAUGGACCCAGCACCGGACCAACGACCAGCCGAGUCCCAAGACGCAAGUAGAAUGGAAAUGGUGCCGAGUUACUCGGAAGCGUUACUCUAUCAGCGAGCGGAGCAAGGCUGCAUCGUAACACAGGAAGUGAACGAGGAUUCGAACCGUCGAGUAACGCCGCGCGAAUGUACCUGUCCCUGCCACGCCGUCUCCUCUACCUUCGAAAUGAACGCGCAGGAAGAAGGAUCCAGACAAGACGAAGAACACGGUCAAUCGGUGGAUCAGGCCAGACAGCCAUUGAUAGAAACCGCGAUCGAAGUACACCCUUCGAAUUGCACAUUGGUCAGCGAGACAGAGACUGGGAAGUGUGGAAGCUGCGGGAAAUUCUUGGUCGAGGCACAGCUGGAGAGCUUAGAGAUGUCGAGAGGCGAGUGUAACGUAGAAAAUCCUGAGACAAGUUCGAUGACGAGGUUGCAGAACUUUAGAAGAGGACCGAGGAUUAGUAUGAUGCCUAGAGACAUGUCUGAACCGAAUCUUAGGUCCAGAUCGGAAUUGAUGGAAGUUGACACGAGGUUCCUUCGAUUAAACGGACAAAGCUUGAGGAACAUUUUAGAGAGCGAGCAGGAAGAAGAAUUUGGUAUCGAGGAUAGAGUGGAAGAGAUUAGUGAAGAUAAGAUGAGCGAGCCAGAAAGAGGAAGAAACUUCAGGUUAUCCCUUUGUUUCCUCGAUGAAGCCAAUUCCAGGUCUACAGUGGCUGUAGACGCGAGUAGAGGCGCGAUACCGAAAAGGAUAGCCAGCAGAAGCAGAGUAAUCGCGAAUCCCAUGUCGAACGAGACUUGCGGACUGCCCGAUUCGACAACGUAUUUUUGUCUCAAGUCGAUUCUUAAACAGAAUAAACGGAGAUACACUCUGAUUACCGCAAGGGAGCUUCAGAAUUUCUCGGACAGGGAGGAUGACGAUGUGAUCAGACGUUUGGAGAAUCGAUCGUCGUAUCACGAGGGCUGUAUUCCGGGUUCUGCUUCGAGGAACAGUGCUGAAGAAAAAUUCGAUCUGUUCUCAAGAUCGAGAGAAAGCUUGGAUGCAGCUUCUGGAAGGAAGAAGAAACAGUUAUUGGAGAAUAUAUCCACGGAUAAGAAUGAAGAUGGAUCGAAACGUGAAAACAACAGAACUCUUAUCUUUGCGAGUCCAAUACAAGAAGUUUGUCCUGGCGAUCCUUUCGGAGGAAAAGACGUAGUUCGAACGCGACAAGAAGUAGAUUCCACCUCGCCAGACGAGUCACCAAACCACACUGUUCUCAGCCAACUCGGACGAUCUCUCACCUGUGACCGGAAAUCAGCUCGACGUCGAUUCCAAGAGUCUCGUAGACAACGUUACUCGGACAGCUCUCAUCCUUCUUCCUUUUCCUGUCCACUUGAUCGUCAGCAUCCCUAUCCAUAUGCUUUCUCGGCGUCCACAGACGCCGUGGACACCACAGAAUUCGACAAGAACGUUCAACAAACCUCAGCUCGCGUUUACCAACACGCAACGUCUUUUCCGCCUUACGAAGGAUCGAUUUCCGGUCACAGCGACAAAUUUACCGACCAGCAAGCUACGAUACACAGAAUAUCUCCGAUGAACGGUCCUAGGUCAUCGAACAAGGCAGAAUUGACCCGUUCAUUGACCGAAAGACGAACGAAAACGGUUCGAAACAACGCGAAUUUUCGACGAAGCUUUACCGGAAGAGUAGAGGAUUACAGAACGGAGAACAACAAAUGGGCGAAUCUGAAUAUGGAGACGUCUUUAUAACGAAGGGACACGAGAUGAUAAUUAUAAAUAUCCGUCCUGCCACUUUUCAACAUCUUGUACAUACAGCGUAAAUGCGAUUUAAUCAGCCCCGCCUUUGCUUCGAGCCGGAAGUUGCUCUAGAGUAAGAAGAAACUGAUCUUUUGGUCGAACUUUGUUUUGCAAUGAUACCGAGUUUUGUGAACUUCCUUUUUGAUCAGUUGAAUCCAAAAGUAUAUUAUUCUUAAGGGGCGGAGAUGGUUAUUUUAAAUUCGUUGUGUAUAUUCCAAGGUUAUAUAACAAAAUUCAUGCAUAUUUUUUUUCUUACAUUCGCUCACGAAUAUAUUUGAACACUUAGCAUAAAAAUCUUCAUGCCAAAAAGCUUUUCUUAUCGAGGGAACCAUAAAAUAUUGUAAUGAGACGCAAUUCGUAAAAAAUUAUUCGUUAUACGUUAUAAAAAAAAGUCGCGAAUUCGGUGUGCCUCAAAAACAAAGCGUGAAACGCUGUCGAUCUUGCCAAUAGGGGUUGUACCAUGGACUGGAAAGGAAAUUCUCUGUUUCUUAAUGGGAUGCACCUUGCUAAUGGUCGUGAAUGCAAUUUAUAAUUGAUUCAGCGUCAAUUAUGCGUGCAGUUUUUGCACGAGCUUCAUGAGAUGAGAGCUCGUCGAAAAGCUCUAUGAGAUCUUUCGAUAGAAAAUUCAGGGCUAGGGAAUUUGAAAAUGAGAGCUAUUUGUAUACAGGCGUUUUUAUCCUGUUGUGUUAAGUAAGAUAGCAUGUUUAUGGUUAUGUCCAUGGAAUUUCAAUUAUAUUUAGAUCGUAUUGUUCCACAAUUCUCCUCGAUAAAGUGUUUCGAUUUUCGGCUAGUAGGAUGAGAUUGAACUAAUCCCUCGUUAUACUAAAUACACAAAGUAUUUUAUAUAAAGUGAAUUAAUAGAAAUUAAUAGAUCAAUUACAAAACGUUGGACUAAAUUGUUCGUAAAUUAUACGAUUCUUAAUGAACUAUAUUUAAAAUAUAUUAUAGCCAGUAUUAAGAGUGUAUAAAGCAAGCUGUAUUCAAUUUUCAGAUCAAAUGGUAAAAAUUAAAAAGGAGAAAAAAUAUAAUUUAAUAGACAUGGAUUGAAAAAUCGCAAAUGAAACUCAGAAAAAUAAUAACUGUCGCCAAAAUAUAAAUAAAUAAAAAUUCAUUGGCAUGAAAAUGCAAAGAAAAUAAGACGAAUGUAUAUAUUAUGAGGGUUGGUUUAUUCUUAUCCUAACUUCAAAGUACCUCUAUGUCCUUCAGAAACAUAGAGUAUGGAAAGCAUACCGUGAGGUUAAUUCAUACGAACUUACUGUUCGUAAAAAAUGUUCGCUCAAACAUAAGCAAGGAAAAACACGUAGAUUUUAGAAACAAGAAGAUAUUGAAGCACAGUAAGAAAUAUAGGAAAUCGAAAUAAUAAUCGAAUAAAUCGAAAAGGAAAAAUCCGUGCCGAAAAACGAUUGAAAGUCUUCGCUUCUCCGUGCACAUAGAAUUACGAAAAAAAGUACAUAAGUAUAUAUAUAUACAUAUAUACAAUAUACAUACACACAUAUAUAUAUUUUUGUCUACAUGUUUGCUCGCUGCAACAGAGAAGAAAGAAGCUAUCCGUAAUUCCGAUCAUUUUUACCGGUCUCUCGAAAUUUUGACCGAGAACUUUGUAUUUAUUAGAUAUACAUAUAUACAUAUACUAUUAUUAUCGUAAUAUUAUCGCGAGGAAACAAAACGCACCGUUAAUGCUUUUAGGAGGAUAUUUUUCAUAUACGAAUAAUGUGUAUUAAUGCCAAUUGCUGAUCGUGAUAAUCAUUGAUAGAAGUCACUAUAUUAAAACAAAAUAAUCAUGAUAUGAUUAAGGGUCUAAAAUUUUUCUUCUAUUUUCCAUUUCUCUGUAAAUGAACUAGCAAGUUGACGGUGUAUUCUUGAAAAGUAUUUGAUUAUUAUAUUCUAUAUCUUUUACAUAGUACAUAGAUAAUAUUGUUUAAUAUUCAUUUGAUGCAUAUGAGUCUAGUCAACGAAAGAAUUAAUAACCUUAAUUAUAGCAUGAUUAUUUUUAUCUAGAAUAAAUUAAACACACAAGAUUCUGGUAUCUGUAAUAUAUACAUGUGUUUGUACGUGUAAUUUUACACGAUGAUUCGCCUUUAACGAAAAGCAAGAUGAACUAAUUGUAAGUGCUACUUAUCAACCCAUUCGAUUUUAAUCUAUCUAUUGAUAGAAAAAGGAUAACUAAAUCUUUAAUCGAAAUUUGAAUUCUUUUAAGAAUAACAAAAAAUAUGGAUGAAAUACUACGUGAUCGUAUAAAUCUUUUUCUCUUAUGUAAUAUUCAAUUGUGACAUUUAUUCUGCAAAAACGUAUAUUCGAAUGGGAUGAAAUUCGUUAGAUGCAUCGUAGGAAUAUCUGAAAUUCGAAAAUUCGAAUACCGGUUAGCUGUUGAGUCUGUACUUACGAUUUCCGGAUUCUAAUUACGAGAACAUCGACGAAAUUUGCUCCAUAGUUACUAAAUUUUCGUCUAGCUAACAAAAUCUUUCACAGAACCAUCAAAAUUUCCAAAAUAUCCCGAUAUUUAUUCGAUUUUCGACGCUACCGGAUCACACGACGUACACACGUUCGCAUUUCGAACUACCAAAUCACCGAGAAUCACAAUUACGAUGCGAGAAUCGUAAGAAUAUCGCGAGAAUCGCAAUCAAGUCUCGCCUGUCAUUUUAGCGCGAAAUUCAAACGAACAAAAGCGUAGUUGAACCGCUAUAUAGACGUAGGCUUAUUGCAACUUGUUGAAUGACGAUCGACGAAGCAUGUGAUAAUGAAAUUCGAUACUCAUGAUGUAUGUAUGUAUAAAUGUUAAGCAUCUCAGGAUAACGCGUGUAACUACUUUUUAAGUUUAAAACGAACUGCGUAUGACGAAUUUUUUGCUCUGCGUACGAUAGAACGUUCGAUAAACACGUCUGACCAAAACUAACUGCAAAGAGGCACUUUCCGUAACAGCGGAUAUCAUGACUCGAAUACAUAAUGCAGAAACUAAACGCAAAAUAUUUAAAAAUACAGUUACAUCGUGUUGGAAUUUGAUAUGAUAUAAUUAAAAUAUAAAUAGAAUAAUUAAUUAACAUGAGAAUUAAAUUACAUCGUAAUAGCUGUAGAAAAAUAAUUUUAUUAAAUAGGAUGCACAUUGACUAACAUCAGAAUUAAAUGUUAAAAUUUGAAAGUGUCUCUUCCAACGAAAUAUUCGAGCCUUCAACGUUUGAGAAUUCAACGUUCAUCGAUUCAUAAGUUUAUAGUGGCAGAUAUAUAGGCUUUAAGAUGUAAUCGACAAUUUUGAAAAUUAAUUAAUAGUCGAAUGAUGUUUAUCCUUAAACGUGAAUUGAACUUUGCGUUGUUACGAAUCAACCAUCCAUCAAAGCAUUUCGAUUAAAAAUGAAUAUUACGAAAAUUUGGCUAUAGCAAAAAAGAAAUUGUACGCCAAGAAGGCUUUCGCGGAUUAUUGCUUAAUGCUCACACGAUUUGAAACCGUGGUAUUGGAAUACUCAUUGCCAUGCAAUGUUUAAGAACAUAAACGUACUCAUGCCGUCUCAAAAAAAGUGCUCUUCUAAAUAAAGAAUUGUUAAUAUGCGGCGAAUUCUGUCCAUUAUUGCGCGAUAAUUGGGUAAUGCGUUUACAUGCGUUACGUACGCGCAUAUUCGUUUGCGUAAAAAAGCCUGUAAUUGUAUACUGCUACAUAUGUAACUAUUAUGAUUAUUAUUAAUAACGAUAUACAAAUCAUUCUUGUAAAAACAAAAAAAAAAGAAGGAAACGAUAUGGUAUAGUAUAAUAAACGUUGACACAAAAAAAGGAAAUUGUUUCCUCGAAAUAUUUGCUACUUUUGAUUAAUCUUUUACACACAUAUAAAAACCAUUAUGAAAAGGAAAAAGUGAAAUAACGAAAUGGUUUGAUUCCAAUGUAUUUUUCUAAAACGUGGGAUAGUAUUAAUAAAAGUAUAAGUACACGAGUGAGAUAAUAACAAAGAUAGACUAAAAUCUUUAUCAUAAAAGAAAACAAUUAGUACGCAUAAAAUGACCGAUACAUUACCGGCAUAUUAUACAAUCGAAUAUGACACUAAUAUAUCGGACUGUUAAAACAAUUAUUCGCGAUACACGGUUUGCUGUUGUUACCGACGUUUAUACACUUUACUUUUUCGUUUUGCUUUACUUUUUAUAAACAUCCAUGGGAAAGGGAAAGAUAGGAACCUUUCUUUUUUUACUUGUGCCCACUUUGCUUGCCAUAUUAAACAAUAAAGUGUCUUUACAUAACCAUAAUAAAUAUAUAUUUGUGUUUCUUCUUGUAAACACUUGGUGUGAACAGAAAUAACAUAUAGGACUCUUCAUUUAGUUGGACUAGCAAUAUUGGCAAAUAAUCGCAUCAGGCUAGUUCUCAACGAUAGUACGAUCAGUGAAUUGCGCAGUAGUUUUUUUUUUCUUAAUAAAGCUAAUUUUU